UGUCAUAUUGGGCACGGGAAUUGAAUUUACAAUUCAUGCAGUAGUGAAUACCAUCAAGGUUGCCUUGUCCUGUACCGUGCGGAGUAAACCUCAAUCCAGUGUGCAUGCAGGGUCGAAGCAGCCACACUCAGCUGCCUCGUCUUUCCCCCUGAUCGGGCUUGGCCAAGAACAAGAGGAGGAACAGGAUACCCUCCCCGCCCAUCAACAUCAAACAUCCACAAUGUCUAAAGCAAUAACCUCCUCCUCCACCUCCACCUCAUCCUUCUUCACCCCCCACAAAAUCUACCCCCUCGCCCUCCUCCUCCGUCUUGUCUUGUUGCUGUAUGGAACCUACCAAGAUUCCCAUUCCCCGCUCAAAUACACCGACAUCGAUUACCUGGUGUUCACCGAUGCCGCGCGCUUCGUGGCGGAGGGAUCCUCCCCCUACGAGCGCGCCACCUACCGCUACACCCCUUUACUCUCGUGGGCCCUUCUUCCCACCACUUAUGGGGCUGUCUGGUUCUCCUUUGGCAAGGUUCUCUUUGCCCUCUCCGAUAUAGUGGCGGGAUGGCUCCUCGCCCGCAUGCUGCGGGGCUACUAUGGUAUGAAUGAGUCCCGGGCGCUGCGCUACGCCAGCGUCUGGUUGUUGAACCCCAUGGUGGCGAAUAUUAGUACCCGAGGCAGUUCGGAGGGGGUGUUGGGGCUGAUCAGUUGUCUGUUGGUGUAUCUGGUCUUGGGAGUAGAUGCUGCCGAUGCUGCUGCUGCUUCUUCUCCGCAGGCGAAGCGGGGUGGUCAGGGGAAAGGACAGACGCAGAGACUGACGCAGGUGGUGGCGGCGGGGAUCGUGCUGGGGGUGGGCGUGCAUGUCAAGAUUUAUCCGUUUGUGUAUGGGGUGUCGGUCUUGGUGUUUUUGGAUCGUCAGCACGCCCACGCCCACAAGACCCAGGCGGGGGAGGCGAAGAAUCAGCAACAGCAACAGCAGCAGCAGCAGCACAAGCAGCAGUUCAUCUAUCAGCUCCUCACCCCCGCGCGCCUCCUCUUCACCCUGGCCGCGCUGCUGACGUUCGCCACCCUCAAUGCCCUCAUGUAUCACCAGUAUGGGUGGGAGUUCCUGCACCAUACCUUUUUGCAUCAUCUGACCCGCGUCGACCAUCGGCAUAACUUCUCGGUCUAUGCGUCCUUGCUCUAUGACUCUGCUGCUGCUUCCGCCUCCUCGUUUCCAGGAAAUGCACAAGCAGCAGGGAUCAUCCCCAGCAUCGAGCGCUGGGCCUUCCUGCCACAACUCGGCCUUGCUCUCGUCGCCAUCCCCUUGACCUUGGCGAGAAAAUCAUUGCCUGGCGCGAUGCUGGCGCAGACAUUUGCGUUUGUCGCGUGGAAUAAGGUGUGCACGAGCCAGUACUUCCUCUGGUACCUCAUUUUCCUCCCGCUCUAUCUGCCUGAUUCGUCGUUUCGCCAAAAUCCCCGGCUUGGGGUUGGGGCGUUGGUGGCGUGGGUUGUUGCGCAGGCCCUCUGGCUGCAACAAGCAUACAACCUCGAAUUCCUGGCACUGUCGACUUUCGUGCCGGGGCUGUUUGUGGCAUCUGUCGGGUUUUUCGCGGUCAAUGUGUGGAUUCUCGGGGUGAUAAUUCAGGAUAUUGGGAGCUUGGAUUGGUAAGGAAAUGGGGCCGAGGGACUGAGGGAGGUCGCGCCCUCGGUCAUGAAGCUCCUUUGGGCGGAUGAAACAGGUCCAGUGUAUGUAUGAAAUAUAGAAUAAC